GAUAAUCAGCUGUUAAUCGAUUCACUGGAGAAGGACUACAACACUAUUAUCACCGAUGGAUGCGCUCAACACUCGACCCAAACCACAACCACUCAUAACUGCGAGCAUAUCUCUGGAGAGGGCGGAAGUGUUAACAGUAAUGAAGCAAACCAUGUGAUAGUCAACGAUGCGGCUGAAGAGGUGGUCAACAAUAGUCAUACUAAUUGUGAUAAUUCAGAGACUGUUAGCGACAGACUUGGCGUACGUGUGAAGAGAGUGAAGGCCAGCGGCGGUCGAGAGAUGAUAACCAAACCGCCGAAGACUGUGAGAUCAGCUGAGAAGUCACGGACUCGUAAACAUGUGUGCGAUUGGAUGGGUUGCGAGCGCUCGUACCCGACGGCCGCACUGCUGGCUGAUCACCGCCGACGCCAACACACGACAGACCGGCCGUACGGGCCGUGCGUUGAAUGCGGCCAACGGUUCGCCACCAGUGAUGCCGUCCGUAAGCAUCGACUCAAACACCGAUUGGUGAAGAAGUUUGUGUGCGAUUACGACGGUUGCGACUUUGGGGCCAAUAUUGACAAUCAUAUGACCGCUCAUCGGCUGACACACGAGUGGACGCAUACGACAGACACGGCGUUAGUGACAGACAAUCAAAACAACGGCCCGAAGAGUACUUACGCACAGAUAAUGAUCCUCGAGGGCGUUGGCAUCCGCAAAGACAGCGAUUCCAACACUUCGGCGCCCAAACGACAGUCGAAUAAAUACGGGUGCGAUUGGUUGGGAUGCGGUCUGACUUAUGCGACAACACAUCAACUGUUAGCACACGUCCGUCGGUCGCAUACCGGCGACCGUCCCUUCAAAUGCCACGAAUGCCACAAACAGUUCCCAAUGGAGUCGGAGCUCAAGACUCACCGCCGGAUUCAUGUCACGGCGUCGAUGGCGAAGAGGUUUCGGUGCGAUUACAACGGAUGCGCUUUCGAGACGAGACAUAAGACUAAUCUCAUUGAACACAAGAGACGACACCUGAAUAUACGUGACUUCGGGUGCGAAGUGUUUGGCUGUGCGAAGAGUUUUGUGACGAGAAGGCACCUGAAGGAGCAUAUGCUGAGUCAUAGCGAUGUGCGGCCGUAUCGGUGCGAUUGGCCCGGAUGUGAGUCGGCGUUCAAACGGGACAGAGAGCUGGACAGUCACCGACGGACUCACACCGGCGUCCGUGAGUUUAUGUGUCCGCACGACGGCUGCGGCAAAAGUUUUGUCAACAGAAAUAACUUGAAUUCGCACCGAAAUCAACACAAACUGCCGUAUGUCUGCGUUUGGCCCGCGUGUGACCACCGGUUCGCCGAUAAACGUGGUCUUCGCGCCCAUAACAACACACAUGAAGGCAUUCGGCCCUUUAAAUGCCUGUCCUCUGCCUGUGAUAAGUGUUUUGUCUCAAAACCAUUGCUUAAUCAACACAUGAAAGUCGUUCACAAAACUAGUCGUUAA